AUGACCAGGCUAUUUAAUAUUGUAGCCCUAACUGACGAUUCUCAUAGAGACGAGAAGACCGUUUUCUCUCGAGGUUGAUUCUCAAAGCAGGGACGAAAGUCGAUGUAUCACCAUCAUGAGCAUCAUUCCGGUCACGCCGAAUGUCCAGUCCACCAUUAUAUUGUUACCGGCUGACUUAAUCAACCCUCUUCUGUCAUCAGCUGAGUCUGUCAAAGAUAGGAUUUCUCUCGACAAGGCGCACACAAAACGCUAUUGUUGUUGUUGAAGAUUUGACUGGCGAUGAUGACGAAUUUCGCAGCUUUGUUGCUGUUUCUUCUACCCUUAAACAUCUUUGAACACUCAGUUGGGAUGCCGAGAGGAAAGCUACGAUUGAAGCGACAGGCCCCACAAAGUUCCGCCUUAGCAGCUUUGAUGUCGUUCUCCGUCAAACUCUCUGACAUGGAGCGACAAAUAACAUCCUAUGAAAAGACAAUACAACGACAGAAAGCCGAGAUCGACCAACUGACAGCCAAGCUUGACUCCAAAGCUGAUCGAGUUCAAUUCAAAAGUUUGCAGACUUUACUGGACAGCAAGAUGGUGGCGCUUAAGGACGAGACUAACACGAAGGACUUGCUAAUCGAGCGAUACCGGAAUAAACUCAGUCAGCUGGAUUCUGAGGUUACGGACAUAAGCAACCAAUACAUUAAUCUUCGAGGCAAGACAACAGAAGUGCUGGACAGAUUCGACGAACUCGGAUUUCACUGUACGACACAGAAUACAGGCUGGGCUCCAAAAGCCAAUGCAGCCAUUGGAAACCUGGAUCGGCAGUGGGUCCGAUGUAACCCUAAUGAAUUUCUGCAGAGUUUUGUACUGACCUUAGCCAGCAAUUACGAAGAGGACAUGGUUAGAUAUAAGUAUAGGUGCUGCAGUCUUAAUAUCUGAAAGGCGAUCAC